CACAGCUGUGCCUGUGCCCGUGAGAGUAAGCUAGUGAGUGUGAGUGAGGAUUUGGUGAAAGUGGUAGGGUCGGGCGGUGGGGUUUUCUCUCAGCACGAGAAAAUCCUCUCUCUCUCGCCUUGCUUUCCCGCUCCUUCUUGAAUCUCAUCACUAUAGAUAACAGAGAGAGUUAGAGAGAGAAAGAGGGUCCAUAAGGAAAAGGGGGAGAGAUGGGAGAGGAGGGAGAGAAGGUCGAGAGAGAGACCGGGGCCGAGGGAUGUGGAAGAGGAGGCGGCCCUGCAAUGGACACUCCAGACCGGAGCCGGAUCGCGACUCCCAUCUCCAAAUUCGAGGAUUCUCCUGUCUUCAACUAUAUCAACAAUCUUUCUCCUAUCAAGACUGUCAAGUCUUUACGUAUUAGCCAGACUUUCAAUUCGUUUGGUUUUGCAUCCCUUCCAUCAGUUUUUACUUCACCACAUGUCAAUUCUGUCAAGGAAUCGAAAUUUUUAAGAAGGCAUCCCUCAUUAGAUUUGUCAAAACCGGAGCUUUCUUCCAAGAAUGGGAAGAAAGUUGGCACCAGUGAAGGGGUUACCGACCCCACUCAUAACUCUGAUGAGGAACAGGAAAAUUUUGAUCCAGCAAGUUUCAUAGGUGAAGCUUCUGCUGAACAAACAUAUGAAUGUACAAAACUUGCAGUCGAGGUGUCGCAAAAUCUGAACUAUGAUUGUGGUAGCCCCGACUGUAGCACAAUACAUUGCCAUGGCAGUGGAAACAAAUGUGUGCCUGAUUUUGCUGGUACGUCAACAUCAGUUGUUCAGUUUGUACAAGAGGUUUCCGAAACAUGUUAUGUAGGAAGUAGAGAGCAUGCGGAGGGGACAAGAAAAACUGAGCAAAAUGCAGAUGGGCCAGGAUGUGAUUGGGAGAGCAUGAUUUCGGAUACUACCGACUUGUUAAUAUUCAAUUCACCCAACGAGCCAGAUGCUUUCCAGGGUUCUUUCCAGAAAUCUUUGGAUACUAAGGCAAGCGCGUGUACUUCUCUUGCAUCAGAAAUGGCUCAUGAUCAAACUAAUAAUUUACCAAAGGUGCAAGUUGUUGGUUCAAUUGGGAUUGAACAACAUGAGACAGGAAAUCCUUCUUCCUUAGUUGGAGAAAAUAAUACGAAGGAGAAUGAAGCAACUGGACACAUCCUUGCUGGUACUUCUGUAAAUAAACAUGUGACGGGGGAGCCAAGUGAACAAAUUGAUAAUGAGCCUGUUUCUAAUUUACAUCGUGGGAUGAGAAGGCGGUGUCUGGUUUUUGAGAUGGUGGGAGCUCGCAGAAAACAUGUAGAUGAUGGUUCAAGCUCUGCUUCUUCCAUUGCAUCACAAUCCAAUGUUAACAGUGAGUGUAAUGACAAGCAGCUGGUUCCUAUAAAGCCUGGCAAUGAUUCUUCACGCUACAUUCUACCUGGAAUUGGUUUGCACUUGAAUGCUCUUGCAAGAACUUCAAAAGAAUGCAGUACUGUUUGCAAUGAACCUUUGGGUUCCGGAAGGCAGUUGAUAGAUGAUCCUACCUCCAGUGCCUCUUUUCGUUCUCUGUCUACUGGUCAAGAGCCCCCAAAUAAUUCUUUGGCAGUGACCUCCUCUGAAAGAAACCGGGGUCCCGCUGAAAGUGGUGUUCAGGUUGCAGAAGAUGCUUCUCAGGCACCUGGAUACAUUGCUAGCGAAGAGUUUAGUCAAAGUAGUCCAAAAAAGAAGAGGCGUAGGGCCGAGAAUGGUGCAGAGAGUGAGGGAUGUAAGCGGUGUAACUGCAAGAAAUCAAAAUGCUUGAAACUGUAUUGUGAAUGCUUUGCUGCUGGUGUUUACUGUGUGGAGCCUUGUUCGUGUCAAGAUUGUUUCAACAAGCCUAUUCAUGAAGACACCGUACUUGCAACUCGCAAGCAGAUUGAAUCUCGCAACCCACUUGCAUUUGCUCCUAAAGUGAUUAGAAGCUCCGAUUCGCUACCAGAGAUGGGGGAUGAAAACAGCAAAACUCCAGCUUCUGCAAGACAUAAAAGAGGAUGCAAUUGCAAGAAAUCUGGGUGCUUAAAGAAAUACUGUGAAUGCUAUCAGGGUGGUGUUGGAUGCUCCAUUAACUGCAGAUGUGAAGGGUGCAAAAAUGCAUUUGGCAGAAAGGAUGGAUCUACUUCAACAGGAGCUGAUGCUGACUUGGAAGAAGAAGAAACAGAAACAAGUGAAAGGAGUGUCAUGGACAAAACUUUGCAGAAAAAUUUAGUCCCAAUCAGUGAGCAGAAUACCGAUCCUACAGCAACUCCUUUACGGUGUGCAAGAGCAUCUGUCCAGCUCCCAUUUUCGUCCAAGAGCAAGCCCCCGCGAUCUUCGUUUCUCUCCAUUGGAUCCUCUUCUGGGUUUUAUGGCAGUCAAAGGUUUGGAAAGCCAAACUUACUGCAGCCUCAGCCACAGUUUGAGAAACAAAUCGAAUCUGUUCAAGAAGAUGAAAUGCCGGAUAUUCUCCGAGGGAACUGUUCUCCCGUCAGCGGCAUCAAAUCUGCUUCACCAAACAGCAAGAGGGUGUCUCCUCCUCAUGGUGACUUCUUGUCGCCAGCCCGGAGGAGCAGCCGGAAGCUAAUACUGCAGUCUAUUCCUUCAUUUCCUUCUCUCACCCCCAAGCAUUAAAUGUUUUAGUUUCUGGUAAACAUGAAACAAAAUGCCUUGUGUGUUCAAUGUAGUUAUGUUGUUUAGUCAUAUCUCAGUGGAGCUUGCCCCCAUGUCCUUGUAUUAUAGCGUUGCCAGUCUCAUAAUGAAUAGCUUUCUGAGUAGUGUAAAAUUAUUGAAUUUAAUAUUCUCCCAAAAAAUUUUGAGAUCAAUAUGCAUAUUUUGGGAUUGAUAUUGUACAUUUUUUCUUUUAUUUCCCUUUGCCCAAU